AUGCCGCACAAAAUUGAGGAGUUGAAGAUCAUUCCGCUCGAUGCAGAACUGCAUCUAGAGACGCUUCGGAAUGCACUGUUCGAACAUGGGGUCUUGGUGAUUCGAAAUCAGACUGGCGUCAGCCCAGAUGUGCUUCCUCAGGUGGCGCGGAUAUUUGAUCCGACAGCACGCGACAUCCACUCGGGAGGCGCCAAGCAGGAAAUGAACAAGCAGAACAUCCUAUCGCAAAACAACUGCUCAAGGAUCCCACGAGCUCCACAGGUCACGGUGAUUGGCAAAGGAAACACGAGCGGCCAUGAAGAUAUUGAAGACCUGGAGCUGAAGCAUCUAGAUCACACCUCAUUUCAUGAAACGCCAUUAUGGGACGAACAGAUCGCCGCUGGCUACACUCGGCCUUAUCGAUGGCAAAUGGACGCCCCAUUGUACGAAUCUCUGCCAGGCAUAGCGACCGCUCUACACUCGGUAGAAGUUCCAGAGCUACCUGAUCAGAAGAUCAUGUUCCCGACCGGCGAAGAGAUGGAGGUCGCCGCGGGAGCAACUGCUUUUUUCUCAGGCGCCAGGGCAUUUGAUCUGUUGACGCCCGAGGAGCAAGAGUUCGCUCUGAACACCACGGUUCAUUACGCCCCUCGGGCAUACGAAUUUAUCAAGGACUGCAAGGCGACUGACGACGGCCUGACCAUUGCGAAAGUAGGUCGGGAGAAGAAGCAGAGCGAACUAACUCCUUUCGAGUGGGAUAAAGUCCACUCGUAUCCAAUGGUAUGGAGAAAUCCAGCAACCAACAAGCCUCAUCUCCAAGUCCUGGGCUGCUGUGUCGCAUCUCUGCACACGAAGAAUGCAUAUACCGGGAAAGUGUACGUUGUCGAUGAUUUGGCCAAAGCUAGAAGGAUGGUCCAUCGAAUGCAAAGCCGCAUCUAUCGUCCCGAGAACAUCUAUGCUCACCGCUGGCGGAAGGGUGAUCUAGUCAUCUUUCAUAAUCGCGGUGUGAUGCAUAGCAUUACCGGACAGCUGGAGAGGCAUCCUCAACGAAGGCUGUUGUGGCAAUGUAGUAUGGCUUCGGAGACGUGGCCGGAAGCGUAUAGGCCGCGGUGAUUCGGGAUUUUGAGGGUGCCGCUGAUGGAGGGAGAGCAGUAGAUAUAUACAUUCCGCUUUGCCGUUCUUGAUGAGGGUGUAACCGCGGUGUGGAGAUGUUUCCGGAUGGGACUCCUCUCUGGGCGGCUUGUUUCGAAUCAGAUCUGGAUCUGAAAGUGCGGUGCUUAUU